AUUACAUAUACAUAACUCUCCUUCUAGCUUUUCAAUAAGAUGUUUUAUUAGCUGUGUCUUCCUUCUAUAUGGUCCAAAUACUUGGAUAUUUGAAUUAUUCUUAGCUUCUUUUAUGUUUGAUGUGAUGCUGUUAUUACUUAAUGCUGUUUUCGUUGUGUUUUUGUCUGCUCUUCUUUACUUUUAGUAGCGAGCUUUUCUCUUUUUUUCUGUAUUUUGUCCUUGAUUGAAGUGUUUCUAUUUCUUUCAUUUGAAUAUGUAAGCAAUUCAUAGUGUGACUUUGGUUUUGGCUUGAGUGUUGGUGAAUCAGUUCCUUUUCUGGCCAAAACUCUUUUGUUUUCUUCUGCUUCGAAAGCAAGCCUUCUAAGCUUACUUCUUCAUUUGGGAAAAUUAUAUUUUUGUUUCUGUAUGGAGGUAUUUGAAUGAAAUCUGUUUGGGAUUGUGCCUUAUUUAUAAGUGAGAUAUUCCUGCAUUGAUAUGCUAUACAAUAUUAACCAUGAGAACUUGAGAAUGCUGAAAAAAUUGAGAAAUAUAUGACAUGGAUUCAGUGGGACACAUAAAAUUAUCGUAAAACCCAUUGAUGUUUCAAAAGCAAGUAUCAUAUGAGUGGUGUUUGGCCCAUUGGCAAAUUGUUUUCCUUUUAACGAUUUUAGUUUGAUUUUCGGGAAAAGUUUAAAAAUUAAAGUGAAAAGAAUAUUAAAAGUAAAUGGAAAUGAAUUGCCUGGAUAUGUGUAGACCAAAACAUCUUUUUUGUGGUCAGCCUUGUUUCGUUUCCUGUAGUGGAAUCGUGGUUUCUAGCAAAGUGUUUGAUAAAGAGUGAUGGCUGAGUUUUAGCUCGAGGUUCAUGGUUUAUUUUGUUUGCACUUAGGUUCCUCCUUUUGUUGAUAACCAACUUGUGUGUUCUGUCUUUCAGAUAAUUUCUUGUGCUGCAAGUAGCAAGAUGGCUGGAAGUGUUGAUGUUUUAGCUCCUGAUUGCAGCAUUAAUGGAACAACGAAAUCUUUGCCUGAGGUUCUCAAUUCCACGGUUUUUAUAUCAGAUCAUGUGCCAAUCGUAGCCGGAGAGAAUGGCAUUGGCAAGGGAGAGGCUCAGAAUGGUACAGAAAAUGGGCAGAGAAAGAUUGUCCUGGGAAGAAAUAUUCAUACCAUGUGCCUUGAAAUUUCGGAGCCUGAUAUAGAUGAUGAGGUUACUGGUGAAAGGGAAGCUUAUAUGGCAAGUGUGUUGGCUAAAUACAAAAAAACUCUGACUGAAAGGACCAAAUAUCAUUUAGGUUACCCCUAUAAUUUGGAUUUUGACUAUGAGGCACUCUCUCAACUUCAGCACUUUUCCAUCAACAACUUGGGAGAUCCAUUUAUUGAAAGCAAUUAUGGUGUCCACUCCAGGCAGUUUGAGGUUGGUGUUUUGGACUGGUUUGCACGGUUGUGGGAAUUGGAGAAAGAUGAGUACUGGGGCUAUAUAACAAACUGUGGCACAGAGGGCAAUCUCCAUGGAAUCCUUGUUGGGAGAGAGGUUUUCCCAGAUGGGAUUUUAUAUGCCUCACAGGAGUCACAUUAUUCUGUUUUCAAAGCUGCUCGUAUGUACAGAAUGGAAUGUGUGAAGAUUGACACUCUUUGCUCUGGUGAGAUUGAUUGUGAUGAUUUCAAGGCCAAGCUUCUUUGUCACACGGACAAACCAGCAAUUGUGAAUGUGAACAUAGGUACAACUGUGAAAGGAGCUGUGGAUGACCUUGAUCUGGUUAUAAAGAAACUUGAGGAAGCAGGAUUUUCACAUGACAGGUUCUACAUUCAUUGUGAUGGAGCUCUGUUUGGUCUCAUGAUACCUUUUGUGAAACGUGCUCCAAAAGUUUCUUUCAAGAAGCCUAUAGGGAGUGUGAGUGUUUCUGGGCACAAGUUCGUGGGGUGCCCAAUGCCCUGUGGCGUGCAGAUAACGCGAUCGGAGCAUGUGAAGGCUCUUUCGAGGAACGUGGAGUAUCUUUCUUCGCGGGACGCGACGAUCAUGGGAAGCAGGAACGGGCACGCGCCCAUAUUCCUCUGGUACAAUCUAAACAUGAAAGGGUACAGAGGUUUUCAGAAAGAGGUGCAGAAGUGUUUGCGCAAUGCACACUACUUCAAAGGUAGGCUUGUGGAUGCAGGCAUUGGAGCAAUGCUGAACGAGCUGAGCAGCACCGUUGUGUUUGAGAGACCACAUGAUGAGGAGUUCGUGCACAGGUGGCAGUUGGCAUGCCAAGGAAACAUCGCUCAUGUGGUGGUGAUGCCAAAUGUCACCAUAGAGAAGCUUGAUGAUUUUCUGAAUGAACUCGUGCAGAAGCGUCAAGAGUGGUUCCGAGAUGGCAAGUUACAACCUUAUUGCAUAGCUUCUGCUGUCGGACACAAGAAUUGUCUCUGUGCUAUCCAUAGGUGAUUGCUGUGUGCUAUUAAGUCACUACAUAUGCUUCUACUAACUAAUGUGUUCCUUCGGUGUUGGUUUUUCAUCAUUAUUUUCCUCAAUCUGUUUCUAAAGUGUUCAAAUAAAAUGGUUCGAUAAAGAUGGCUCCAAGAAAUUCAGUUGCUGUAAACAUGCACAAUUGAAUGAAGCAUUUCAACACGAAAACUUUCAUAUGAA